UAUGUCCCUUGGUCCUCAAAGGGUUAAGCCUAGGUUCACAUGUGUGCGGGUGGUGCCGCUGCGGAUCCGCAUGAAAAUUCAUGCAGCCGCACCACCCACACAGAGGAAUGCGGACCUGCGGGUGGAUCCAGGGGCGGACUGACCAUUUGGAAACUCGGGCACUGCCCGGGGUCAGUAGGGGGCCCCAUGAGAUGCCCCUGGUACCUUUUUCAUAGGCUUUUUUGAGUUUGGGCAAGGACACAGGGGCCCCAUGAUCCCCUAUUGCCCAGGGGCCCCAUGAGUUCUCAGUCCGCCCCUGUCUAGAUCCAAAGUAAAUUGAUGGCAGCU